UCCGGCUGGCGUCCGCGCUGUGAGUGACGCCACGGAAGGACAGCGUGAAGAGCGGUCCGCGUGUGCGUCAGGCGGUCUUUCCUCCGGCUUCCUCCUCAUAGCCGCGGGGUUUUCGCAGUUUUGCGUGCGGCGCGCGGUGCAGUCAUUUGCGUCCCGGGACGCUGCUAGGGAGGGAGCCGGAAGGACUUCCUGCGUCCCCGGAACCUGCAGCGGAAGUGCCAGCCCCCGUGUCCUGAGUCAGAGCGCUCUGGCUUACCCGUGUGUCUGAGCUGGGGGGACGAGGCGGUGGUGGCCCCGCAGUCCUCGCUCACGUUGCUUUGCUCCGGCUGCUGCGGGAGCCUAAGGGGGAGCUGGCAGUGGGAGGCUUGGCGUUUGGAGCCCGGAGCUCUGUUCCAGACGGACAGUUUUGGGGGGGGAGAAAUGGCCGGAACUUUCUUUUGCCUGGGACUCCCGUUCCUGAGCAUAAAAUAGCAGCAUAAAAUAGCACCGGGGUCAAACUUAGAACCGCAGCCGGAGGACCGUGUCAAUGUGGCCGGGAGGAAGCACGGUUCUGGGAAGCUGAAGCCGGCCGGGGAAACGGGGUGUAUGCAGCACCGGUGACCCUGCCCCGAGGUGCCAGUUAUUUCCCCCCUGCCAUGUUGUUUUCUGGGCCCCUCCUCAAGUGCUGGGAGCUGGGCUGUGACUCGGGGCCCCGUUGCGCGUCACGUCCAGAUCUCUCAUGCCGGCACCGAGCCCCCAGUUGCUGGUGGCAGCCGCUAGGCAGACCCUGGGCGUGGGAAAGAGGAAGGGCCCGCCUCGCGCCGCCUGCCUUCGCCUGGCAGGAGAGGUGCUGGCCGUGGCCCGCGGGCUGAAGCCGGCUGUCCUCUACGACUGCAACUCGGCCGGCGGGUCGGCGCUCCAGAGCUAUCUGGAGGAGCUGCAGGAGCUGGGCGUCCUGACUUCGGGACUUCACGUCCUGGAGAUUGGGGAGAAUAACCUCGUUGUCAGCCUUGAGCACGCCUGUCGGCAUUUGGAGCAGGUGCUGCUCGGCACCACCGCUCUAGUGGAUGUGUCCCGCACCCGGCCUCGUCCUUCUGUCUGUUCGCUGGAGCAGCUCCAGGGCUUGAAGUCCCUCGUAACCGAGAUCGUCACACAUCUUCAAGGACUGCGGAGGCAAGUGUCUCUGGGAGUCUCCCGCAGCAAGCUGUGCUCCUCGGAUUGGAAUCUCUGCACCGUGUUUGGGAUACUCCUGGGCUAUCCUGUCUCUUACACGUUUCACCCGAAACACGAAGAUGGCAACUGUCUAGCCAUGACCCCCUUGCGGGUGUUCACUGUCCAGAUUUCAUGGCUGCCCGGUCAACCUCCAGUUCUGCUCUACUCCUUUAGUGUCCCAGAGAGUUUGUUCCCAGCCCUGAAGGACUCCCUAAGCACCUGGGAGAAGGAGCUCAGAACCCGAUUUAGGACUCAGAAUGACUUUGGUGACCUCAGUGUCUCUUCUGAGAUAGUCACACUGCCCGCUGUGGCCCUCUGACUUAGCUCCUCUGCCUGUUGAGAAGGUGAAUGCUUUUCUCUGCGUGGAAGAUUUCAGUCACUAUCAUUAAAAAAUAAAUACAUUGCACCCUUUA